AUGGAUGUCAACAGUCAAAUCAACACCGUAUGGCGAGUAUGCGAUAACAAUCCUGAUCAAACAUGCCACUGCGACUGGCGCUUGACUAUUAAGAAUUGCGCAGAAGAACGAGUGAUGAAUAUCGUCUACAUCAUCAACAUUGCCCUGUCCGCACUCACCGUCAUCUUUGGUAAAUUAUUGGCCUGUAUAUGCUGGGAAAACGAGUCUUUUUUCAAGGUCAUAGCUUUAUGGUCCGAAGUGAAGGGAGGGGACUUUUCCGACCAAAGCCUGUGGAGUGUCUCUUAUUGUUCAUCACUAUUUUCAGCAUAUGUCAGCUUUACUCAUAAUGCGUUUUCUCUUUUCUGUAGUGCGUUUGGAAACAUGAUUUUCCGCUCCUUCAUUUUCGAAAUACCAUGGCAAUGGGGGUUUGGUGGCUUUGUACUCUAUUUGAUUGGCAUUGCACAAACUCUUGCAGAUAGUCACAAGGCCAUCUCAACGGGAUGGUUACCAUCGCCGGUUCUGGUUGAUGUCUUCGGAUUUUCUCUGUUGCUCCUUCCAUUCAUUGCAAAUAACACCUGCUCUCUCAUUGCUGGAGCUAUGCUGGAUGCCGGUCAUGAUAGAGUUGCUGUAAUUUUCAUACGACUACUGUAUGUAUUUUGGUUCGUUGAAGAUUCUACUCUGGCUAUCUCGGUCGUGUGGGCUGGAUCACGCCUAGUUCGGCUAUUGACUCGCCACUUGUUCCAAUUUCGGGUCACUGGUGAACGAUACUCGUCCAUCAAAGGUGGCAUUUUAAAGAUCAAACUAGUUAUUGUCAUUGCUGGCAUCGGUCUCAGUGGGUUCGCUUCAUUCUUACUUCUAUAUGGAAUUUUGCGCGACUAUAUUAUGACCAGUACGGUCGGUAGUGCUAUUCUAGGUGGUAUCUGGACUUGGCUUGGGGCUUUCAUGUGUAUCUCAUGUGAAGCAGCAGUGGCCAUAAGUCCUAAAAUGGCCGCUCCUUCUGUCGGUCUCCCAGAUUCUUCAGUAGAUCCGUACACGGGUAGAACAGGUGUUUCUAGUGGAGGUGGCUUUUCCUCUCAUCAUUCCAAAGGCGAAGUUGAAAGUUAUGGAAAAUACAGUCCCAGUCCUGCUGCCUUGGUGGCUUUGCAUACGAUUAGCAACUCGCCUUCUUGUUUUGCCCCACAUUAUGAAGAGGAGAAAUAUUACAGUCCUACUGGUUUACCCAUGGAUGAAGGUAUAGGUUCUGGAACCUUGUCCGAGAUUCGGCUCAUAGGUGAAGCCAAGUGAAAAGCAGCUAGAUUGACUUACACCUGUUCUCUUUUCCGCCCG